UGUACUGUGGUGUUGUCAUGGAGAUAACAAAUCUUGGCCCAAGAAUUUAAUGUAACAGAAAGCUUUGUAAUCGUAUAUAUAUAUAUAUAUAAUUCUAAAGUGUGCAUUUCAUCAAAAUCGACAUACAAAUUUCUAAAUAUAUAAUAUGUGGGGAUACAGCUAUCCGCUAGAUCUACAAACUGAAGUGACUCGGAAAGAAGAUCACAUUUCAGACAAUUUUGAAGUAUUGAUUGUAGGUGCUGGUGAUGCACGACAUAUCAUAAAGACAUUAGCAUCAUCUUACGCGCAUCCUAGUCGAAAUAUCACGUAUCACGUUAUUGAACCGACUUUGGAGCAAGUUGCUAGAUCGAUACUUUUAUUAAAUGUUUGUUUAGAGAAAAAUCUAGGAUUACAGGAGGCAACCCGAUAUUACCUAGAGAUUUUAGGAAAUACUCUUUUAAGGCCGGCUACGGCUAAAUAUUUAGCAAAAUGUACUAAACAACUGAUCGAUAUUCCGACUCGAACCAUUGACUGCCCAUGGUUAUCAUUGGAAAAAUUUAAGCACAAAGAUAGAGAUAAUUUGGAAUCCAUCUUUAAAUUUUGGACACGUGCAACAUGCGAAGGAGUCCCCAUAAUAAACUAUUGGGAUCGCAGAAUUAGAAAAGCUCUGAAAACACGAUACGACUGCAAAGAAGGCGUUUUCGAUUGGGACUAUUAUAUGAUAUUAAAACCCAGAUGUAUUAAUAAUCUUACAGUACAAGAAUACAGAUUUUGGAGGAAUAACGGAGUAGCGUUUACUUGGCUCGAAGGUGAACCAUCCAGGAGCAAUCCGACUCUAUUAAAUAACAUAAUACAAUAUGGAUCUGGUUUUAUACAUUAUGCAUAUUUAGGAGACAUCAUAAACGGUCCCUAUUUUACUUGGGCUGCUAUUGAAGAAAAAGAGGACAAAAAGUUUAGAGCAACCGACGUUGCGGAGCGUGAAAUAAUGCGUGCAAUUCACGAAAUAAGAACGAGAGAACCGCUAUGCGAGGAUUACGUCGGCGCUCAUAGAGAUGCUUCGAUUUUAAAUGGCAUUAUAGUAAGUGAAAUGCCAGACAUCGAAAUAGAAAAUGAAUCGUGGACAAGUAUCGGAGAUAAAUCUAAAUCAGACAAAGAAAAAAUUUCUUGGGUGGAAAUACCAAAUCAUAAGAUAAUCUUUCAUCCUAUAACAUCGUUGGAAUCCUUAAAAUCUAAAUGCGAAUACAUAAAUAGAUUUCAUCUGGUUUGGAUAGCGAACAAUAUGACAAAGCAGUUAGAAAAUCUUGCGCCAUUAGUAUCGACGGGUGCACCAGUAAUUGUAGAAUCGCGCAAAUAUAUGACGGAUUUGCGCAAAGAGGAUUUGAAAAACUUUACCGAAGAAUUGAAAGAGCUCGCACAGAAAAAUGGACUUCGUUUACUCCACGACUUUGAUUCUAAUGAGCAUAUUUUUGCCCGUUUUUGCAAAAAUUAAGAAAUUAAGUGCGGCGGUUUAUAUUAUCGGUAAAUCUUUCAAAUCUUCUCAGUAUACACACAGUAUACUAUGUACAUAAUUUUUCUUUCUAUAUACUAUACUAUAAUAUAGUCAAAUAAUCAUUAUUCCAAUAAAAUAUACAAAAUAUAUUCACGAGUAUGUAUUUGUCAAAUAUCUAUAAUUAAUAUUGCCCUUUAUAUUUCUGCAUUGUUCUUUAGUUAU